AUGCCUCCAAUUAGACAAAGCCAGCUUGCCGGUCCAGCCAACGAAGAGGGACAUCGCGAGGAUGUUGACAUUUAGUUUGUCCCAGAUCCCGUGGAAAUCCCUCCCCAAGACGCUGUUGCUGAUCCCGUGGAAAUCCUUCCCCAAGAAGCUGUGGCUGACGCAGAGCCUAAUGCGAAUCCUGUCAACGAUGCCAUGCUUGCCACUAUCGUCGCCGCUGUUAGGACUGGCAUCCAGGAGACCAACCAGGUUCAGGUGCCUGCAGUUCAGGCAGCUGUGCAAGAUGAGGUCUCAGCUAUCACCUGGCCCUCAAACCGUGUCGCGGCUGUCGAUACAGGUAGUAUGUUAGUCCCCAACGCGCCUGUUUUUACUAGCAUUUCUGUUCCGCUGGGCAGUCGUGCCAGCGCUAGGAUCAAGGCUAAAAUAUGGGUGGGGGAAUUCCUAAACUUUGCGUCUCUUCUGGAUGUUUCUCCUCAGCCAGAUAARUUCUCACUUUCUAUCACGUCCCCAGGUAGCACUGGCGUGACGCCGAAUCUCACAUUUGAGCCGGUACAAAAUCACAAAAAAUGUCUCAUCAAUCUCUGACUGGCGUCUGCUUUCCACACUUUUGUGGCUAUCUAUUCGAAAAAACAUCCAGGUGAGACACCGCACUUACAGUAUUGUGAGAUGGUGCGUGACAUCUCGGCCCGCGGAGGUGACUAGCACUAUUUUGAUGAACAAUUCAGGUUCUUAAGGCAGUCAGAUCCCAAUCGAUAUCCCUGGGGGGUGGUGCAUUGGGAAUUAUGACACAAGUCGGUUACAGCCGCGGGAGAAGCCAUCUCCACUAAUAACUUAAACCAGGAACUUCACCGUGCACUACUUUUUGUGCACUUGAUUGCACCCAAUACAAAAGCCACAGUUUUCGUAAUGGAGCAGCCUGCCACGCUGCAGGAAACAGGUACUCACAAAUUCGUGCUCUCGGAAGAUGGAACUCGGACGCUUUCCAUAGGAAAGAAAAGCUAUGGCUAUUCAAAAGAAGAACCAUGGAAAAAAGUGAAAGUUUGGAAUGGAAAAGACCCUGAAACACCAAGACGACUGUACAAAUGCCAAGUGAAGAUCAAGACAGCUAAAGAGGCCGACCUCAAGAAAAUGGCUGAGAAGCAUCUUCCACCAGAAAAAAGGGAUUUUUAUAUCAAUGUGAAUACUGGGGAUUUGGAAGAUGCUUCUGACAGUGAAGAUGACGAAGAAUGGGACUAUGGCUAUUCAAAAGAAGAACCAUGGAAAAAAGUGAAAGUUUGGAAUGGAAAAGACCCUGAAACCCCAAGACGACUCUACAAAUGCCAAGUGAAGAUCAAGACAGCUAAAGAGGCUGACCUGAAGAAAAUGGCUGAGAAGCAUCUGCCACCAGAAAAAAGGGAUUUGUACAUGAAUGUGAACACUGGGGAUUUGGAAGAUGCUUCUGACAGUGAAGAUGACGAAGAAUGA